AAAAAUGGCUGUUGCUUAUUGUUGCAAUUCAAUUAUCUAUGCUGUACUGGUGUUUAAAUUGUAGUGAAGGGUUUAAACAAUUCUUUAAAAAAAAAAUUAAUUAAUUUCAUAAUUUAAGUCUUCUUCUUGUCGUGUCCGAUUAUUUAAGUGAUUUUUAAACUUCAAUUCGUUCUUUAGUAUAUUUAGUAAGCAAUGAAAAAUCAUAACAUUAAAAAUAUGGAAUUGGAAAGCAAUUAUAUGGAUGACGUUCAUUUGUUGAGCGAUUCUUGGAAACUAUGGUACUGGAAAUUCGAUGGUUUGAUUGAUCCGCGUAAAAAUUGGUUAGAAAAUUUACAUGGGUUGUGUGAAUUUGAUAGUGUUGAAAAAUUUUGGAGCAUAUUUAAUCACAUCAAAAAACCAAGUAUGUUAAAAAUUGGAUGUGAUUACUCUGUAUUCAAAUCAGAUAUAAAACCAAUAUGGGAAGACACAACAAAUAAAAAUGGUGGACGUUGGUUAAUAAAAGACAAUGGAUUAUUAGAUCAGUACUGGAUUGAUAUUUUAUUGAGUAUGAUUGGUGGAAUGUAUUAUCCAUACGAUAGUAACAUAUGUGGUAUUGUUUACAAUAAGCGUCAACACAGCAAAUUAUCCAUUUGGAUUUCUACUUGUGACAAUAAUAUUGUUAAUACAAUUGGAUCAAAGCUGAAACUCUACCUUGACAUGAAAGAAAAAAUUAAAUUUGAAAAACAUUCCGAAACAGUAACUAAGAAGAAAAAUGCUACUUUCAAAUUUAGUAAAUAAUCAUAAAAUAUGUUUUAACUCCUUACUAAUACAUGUUAGAUUCUUGUAUAAUUUUCAUUAUGUUUUAAAAUGUUUUACUAAUUAAACAUACAGUAAUAUAUUUAAAGUAAUAAUAUUAUUUA